UUAAAACGUCGCGCGACACUGGAUGACUGUCAUAAGAAUAGAAACAACUAUGGUCUCAUAUGCAAAAUAAUCUACCGAAUUCGUCUGACCGAUAGGAAUGCAUAUGAGCCAAGUGUUCUCUCAAUUGGCCCUUACCACCAUUCCGAGCCACUACUACUUGCCAUGGAAAUGGAGAAGUGGAUUUGUUUAGACUAUAUUCUUAAGCUAAACCGUGAUGUUAGCUUGCAUGAGUACCUUAGCCUGAUUUCUGGACAGGAGAAACAGGUAAGAGGCUGUUACAACGAGGACAUAGACAUGGAUAGUAAGGAGUUCAUGCGGAUGGUUCUGUUGGAUAGCUGCUUCAUUCUUGUGUACCUCGGAGGUAUGCAUGGGCUUUGCAGGGAAGAAAACACACAAGAAGCUUCGGUUGGUGAUCCAGCGACUCAAGAAAAUGGUGAUCCUAUGGAGUGGUAUAAUAGUUCUGCUAUUUAUGAUCUACUUCUGCUGGAGAACCAAAUUCCAUUCUUCAUUAUUAGGACAAUUUAUCAGCUCUUUUCUCGCGAUACUGUAGCAACUACUGCAUUACUUACCAGUGACAUCUCUGAAUUCAUGGAAGGCAUUCUUUACCAUUUCCCGAAAGUGAUCACUGAGGCAAAUAGACCAAGAGAUUUUUCCCAUCUGCUACAUCUAUGCCAUAUGUACCUGAAACCUAGUCACAAGCUGGAGGAUGAGCAACAUCGCGGUCAAUCCGGAAAGUCUCACUACUUGGAGUAUAUAUCUGAUUUUUGCCGAAAGGUCUUCUGUUUAGGGCAGGAGCAAAACAUGUUCCAUGAGUUAAAUGAGCUGAAGUCACCGAUAAAUAUUAAUCGGUGGCGUAGAGCAGUGGACUAUCACGAGGCAGGGAUAGAAUUCAAGAAAAGGGAGUUUGAUGAAGACGACCCUCAUUCUUUGUUGGACAUUAGAUUCAGAAAAGGAGUUACCGAAAUACCAUGUUUGCCAAUUGAUGAUAAAUCUUCUUUGCUGUUCAGGAAUCUUGUAUCUCUGGAGCAAACAUGUCCUCAAUUCGGCGACGAUAUCACCGCAUACAUUGGUUUCAUGUCUGCAAUUAUCAGUACAGCUUCUGAUGUUGCCUUUCUUGCACAGAAAGGGAUUAUAGUGCAUCAGAUGGAAAGCGAUGAGGAAGUAUCGACUCUCUUCACCAAGCUUUUUGAGCAUGUCUCAUUUGACUUCAACGGUGAACAAUAUCUGAGAUCCCUGUUCUAUGCGAUGGAUGCACACUACCAACGUCGUGUGAAUAGGUGGAUGGCAUGGCUGUGGCACAAACAUUUCAGCAAUCCGUGGUUAGGUUUCGCUGCGAUAACUUCUGUUUUCAUAGUAUUAUGCAGUAUUAUGCAAACUGUUCUUGCUUUCUUGUCAUACACAUAAGAUGAAUCAAUAACUUCAUUUAAGAACUUGUAGUUACUAGAAUCAAGCCCCGAAAGUUGCUACUGUAA